GGCGCCGGCUCAUGCAUGUGCGCGAGGUGCAGGACAGGUUAGACGAGCGCUUAAAUCAGUGCCAAGAUGAAUAGUUAAGACUAAAGUCACCUUCCCUAUCGGAACAUGUGGCACAGAUGAGGACUCUCUCAGCACAAGCAGACACUGUACAUUUUUACUCCGCCCGCAAAAAGUGGUGGGAGGGUUUCUGAACAGUUUGGCAGUGGCGAGUUGGGACGUGUCUUUGGAAACUGAAGGAGUCAAGGUGAAGAGAGGGAUUUUUCUGUUAGAUAUUAUACAUUUUUGCCACGCGUAAAGACGAAAAAAACAUCAGUUUCUCGUUUGGAAACUGGGGGGAUCCACGGAGGAGUUUGUUGACACUCAAAGACUAUUGGCAUUCGUGUCUUCUUUUUCAUCCUUCCAAUGUGCGCCAGCGGGCUCUAUUUUGUCCUGUUUGGACUUGCAGCUUCAGGGCUGCUGCAGGUCAAUGGGAUAAAGAUAUACACUCCUGGAGACUUGGAGGCGGUGAACGGGACAGAUACGAAACUGAAAUGCACUUUUCAAACGUCAGCGCCGAUCAACCCACAAAUGCUCACUGUGACCUGGGGCUUCAGGCCACUCACAAAGGGCGGGGAGGAGUUGAUUUUCUUUUACCAGCAGAAGCCUUACCCGCCCAUAGAUGGCGCUUUCAGGAAGCGUGUGGUGUGGGCAGGUGACAUCAUGGGCAGGGAUGCCUCCAUAAUAAUUCGAGAGGUGAAGUUUACUUACAAUGGGACCUACACCUGCAAAGUGAAUAACCCUCCUGAUGUGCAUGGGACAGUGGGAGAGAUCAGGCUGCAAGUCGUUGCCACAGCCUCUUUCUCUGAGCUCCUGUACCUGGCCAUGGCGAUCGGGGGAGGCAUAGCGGCGGUGGUGAUUCUGUUGGUCAUCAUCAUGUCGUGCAGAAGAUGCAAAAAAAGCCAGCGCCAAAGGAUGGAGACGAACGUGGAAGCCCCCCGUAAAGAACGCAAAGACCCCACUGCCUGCCACCCUUCCCGCGCCGUGCACCUUUACCUGUCCCAGACCUCCAUCGAGAUCGACAGCUCCGAUGGCAUGAUCUCAGACCCCAGCACCCCCGACUCCAGCUCAUCUGAGGAGGAAGAGAGAAGCACCGAUGAAGAUGGCGGUGACGACUCCGACUGAUGAAGAGGUGUGAAGAGAAAGAUGUUUGAAAUAUGAAGCUAUUCAGGCCUGAUACAGAUGUCUACUGGAGGGACGCCAAGAUGGCACCCGGGCGCUGGGCCAAGAAGGUGCUGUCAUUGAGGCUCAAAUAAAAUGAAAGAAAGAAGAAGAUUUAAAGGGGAGGAUAGGAGGAAAAGUCAAAUCAGGUCAUAUUUGACAUCAGUGAGUAGCCUAAAGAAUGACCACCAGACUGAAGGAAAAUGGUCGUUUUAUAUCAAUAACUGCUCCAGAGAUACAUGAUUGAUUGGAGACAUACUUUUUUAAAAGCCACGGGACCCUAUUGUUAACAACUUCCCUGAUAAGUUUAUGUGCCUAAGCUUAAGCAGACUGCAAAAUUGUUUCAAGGGGUGAAAGGUUUUUUAUUGGCAAAGCACAAAGUAAAAAAAAAUAUAUAAAGUUUUGUCAGUAACAGCCAACAAAGUAAAGGACUGAAAAGAAGCCCAGAGUUACAUUCUUGUAUUGGUCACGUCACGUUUUUAUUCAGUGCUUUUCCACCUUCAAGGCACUCAAAGCGCUUUACACCAAGGAACCACUCACCCAUUCACACACCAAUGUACGCACACACUGGGGGGCAAAAUGGGUUAAGUGUCUUGUCCAAGAACAGAACAACAACAUUCAUCUGUAGGAGCUGAUGUCAUGCUGCCAAUCUGUAAGUCAGUGGAUCUGACCGCUCAACUAUUGAUGUUUAUAUCGAGAGUGGGUAUUGCCAAAAAACACUGUGCUAUUACCGUGAACAGCUUUAUCAGAACUAUAGCUUUUCUUGCUAAUGAUGAACAUAUUUGUAUUUCACAACAUACUUAAUUUGGUCUUGAUUUAAUAUGGACCCAUACAGACCAUAGACUGUCUAUAAGUCUAUGACACCGACAGGAAAUCUUUGUUAUAAACACAUUUCCUUAUUAUAAAGAGGAUAUUGAACCAGCGCCUCUGUGGAGAAUGCACUCUACUUUAAGAGUCACUGAACUUCUGUAUACAGUAUGGAAUUUUUUUUUACACGUUAUUAGACAUAUCACUUUUAAUGUUUACGUUACAGUUACGUUUACGUGCUUUUAAUGUUUACCUUGUGUUCAUGUCUAUGUGAAAAAGUCAGUGGCUGCUUCAUUUAAUUCAAGGAUCUCAUGAAUAGUUUUCAAUGAAAUGUGACAACUGUCUUUUCAUAAAAUGUGUCUUUGUUUGUAAGACCUUCACUCCAGAGUUCUUUCAUAAAAAAUGUGAAUUUGUGUUUGUGUACAUCUAAAGGCCCAUUGCUGCAUCACUGUACAACAACUGCAUGUCUUCACACUUGCAUUAUCUGGAAUGAGCACAGAUCUGAAAACCCACAGGUAGCAAAAAAGUCCUUGUGUCUUUGAAUGCAUCGCCUGUACUAACAACUAACUGUAACUGUGUUGAGACAUUUUUUACCUGUGACCUUUAUAGAUGUCUUUUUUCUAGUCAAUGCCAGAAGUAUUUUACUGUGAGUCACUUUUAUAGAUCUUUUGUAAAGUAUUUUUAAUAAAACAACUGUACACUUGAAUGUGUGUUAUGGUUUAAUAAAUGAUAAAGACACAUGA